UCGGAGACUUUCAGAUAACUUUUAGAAAAGAAAUUUACAAAAGUGUCCCACAGAGCUCAUCCUCAGCCCAUAGAAUUUCUCCCAUCAAAGGAAUUCACGCCCUCAGAAUCGUCAGAAGAAGCUUUCAAACAGAUCAUGAAAGCUCUAAAAGAUGACAACGUCAAUAUGAUCGGACUGUACGGCAUGGGAGGGGUGGGUAAAACAACCCUGGUGAAAGAAGUAGGCAGGAGAGCCAAAGAGUCGCAGCUUUUUCCUGAAGUUUUGAUGGCUACGGUGUCCCAGAAUCCAAAUGUCACAGACAUUCAGCACCAAAUGGUAGAUAAGUUAGAUCUGGGUAAAGAAAAGAGUACUAAUGCAGGGAGAGCUGAUCUAUUAUGGCUGAGACUGAAGAAAGUGGAGAAGAUGCUUAUAAUCCUGGAUGAUGUUUGGAAACAUAUUGACUUGAAAGAGAUAGGGAUCCCAUUUGGUGAUGAUCACAGGGGUUGUAAAAUUCUUCUAACAACACGUCGUCGAGACAUAUGUUCUUAUAUGGUGUGCCAGAAAAAUGUGUUUUUAGGUCUUUUUUCUGAAAAAGAAUCAUGGGAUUUAUUCAGAAUCAAUGCAGGUUUAGAUGAUGGGGACUCUACCUUGAACAGAGUGGCAAGGGAUGUUGCGAGAGAAUGCAACGGCCUGCCUAUAGCACUCGUGACAAUGGGAAGGGCUCUAAGAGGUAAAUCGGCAGAUGAGUGGAAUAGAGUGUCCAACCAGCUCAAAAAAUCUAAAUUUCCGGUCCUGGAAAACAUUGAAGAAAAAAAUGCAUAUGCAUGUCUUAAGUUGAGCUACGAUUAUUUGAAGUCCAAGGAAACCAAGUUAUGUUUCUUGCUAUGCUGUUUAUUUCCAGAAGAUUACAACAUUCCAGUCGAGGACUUGACGAGAUAUGCAGUUGGCUAUGGGUUACAUCAAGAUGGGGAGCCCAUUGAAGAUGCGAGGGAACAAGUUCAUGUGGCAAUCCAAGACCUCAAAGCUUGUUGUUUGUUGUUGGGCACUGAAACUGAAGAACAUGUGAAAAUGCAUGACCUUGUUCGUGAUGUUGCUAUUCAGAUAGCAUCAGAAGAAUAUGGAUUCAUGGUAAAGGCUGGCUUAGGGUUGGAGAAGUGGCCAUGGACGGGUAAAAGAUUUGAAGGCUGUACAACAAUUUCGUUAAUGGGCAAUAAACUAGCAGAACUUCCUGAAGGAUUGGAAUGUCCACGGCUCAAAGUUCUAUUGUUAGAAGUGGAUGAUGGUUUGAAUGUUCCAGAGAGGUUUUUUGAAGGGAUGAAAGAACUUGAGGUUUUGUCUCUGGAAGGAGGGUGUUUGUCGUUGCAAUCACUUGAACUCUCAACGAAACUUCAAUCGUUGGUGUUGAUCAGUUGUGGAUGCAAGGACCUCAUUUGGUUGAGAAAGCUGCAGAGACUUAAGAUUCUUGGUCUUAUGGGGUGCCUAUCCAUUAAAGAAUUACCUGAUGAAAUAGGAGAGCUCAAGGAGUUAAGGUUGUUGGAUGUGACAGAUUGUGACAGGCUAAGUAGGAUUCCUGUGAAUUUGAUUGGGAGGUUGAAAAAGUUAGAAGAGCUGUUGAUCGGGGAUUGCAGCUUUGAGGGAUGGGUUGUUGAUGGAUGUGACAGCACAGGAGGAAUGAAUGCAAGCCUAAAAGAACUAAAUUCGUUGUCUCAGUUAGCCGUAUUAUCAUUGAGGAUACCGAAGGUUGAAUGCAUUCCUAGAGAUUUUGUUUUUCCAGAUAGCUUGCGCAAAUAUGAUAUAAUAUUAGCGAAUGCUAAUGAAUAUUAUAGAAAGUUUAGGGAUCGAUACCCAACCUCCUUAAUUUUGGUUGGUACAUCCUUAAAUGCGAAGACAUUUGAGCAAUUGUUUUUACAUAAAUUAGAAUUUGUAGAAGUGAGGGAUUGUGGGGAUGUUUCCACUCUGUUUCCAGCAAGAUUGCGGCAAGGUUUAAAAAAUCUAAAGGAGGUGAUUGUUGAAAGCUGUGAAUCAUUGGAAGAGGUAUUUGAAUUGGAUGAGGCCGAUGAAGGAAGCAGUGAGGAGAAGGAGCUGCUGUCAUCUUUAACAACGUUAGGGCUGCGCCGGUUACCUGAGCUGAAAUGCAUAUGGAAGGGGCCCACCAGACAUGUCAGCCUCCAAAAUCUUGCUCGUCUGGAUUUGGAUUCUCUCGACAAACUGACAUUUAUCUUCACACCGUCCCUCGCUCGAAGUCUGCCAAAGCUGGAAACCCUUGACAUAAGAGAUUGCGGUGAAUUGAAGCAUGUUAUCAGAGAAGAGGAUGGUGAAAGGGAAAUAAUUACAGAGUCUCCUUGCUUCCCACAAUUAAAAAAUAUCACCAUAGAAAAGUGUGGUAAACUGGAAUAUGUCUUCCCUGUAUCUGUGUCUCCAAGCCUUCUGAACCUGGAAGAGAUGCGGAUUCAUAAAGCUCAUAAUGUAAAGCAUAUAUUUUACAGUGUAGAAGGAGAUGCACUCACCACAGAUGGCAUCAUCAAGUUCCCUCGACUAAGGGAAUUGGAUCUUUCUUUCAGAUCAAAUUGCAGCUUCUUUGUUCCAAAUAAUUUUGCUGCCCAAUUGCCUUCCUUGCAAACUCUACAAAUCAAUGGCCACAAAGAAGUGGGAAGUUUGAGUGCACAGCUCCAAGGGUUGACAAAGUUGAAAACAUUACGCUUGCAACAUGUGCCUGACACGAGGUGUAUAUGGAAGGGUACUUUGGAGCAGAUGGCCGCCCAUGGGCAGCAAAACGGCUCCUUGCAAAGAUUAAAAUUUGUACUCGUGGAGGAUUGUGGGGAUAUUCGCGCUCCGUUUCCAGCAAAAUUGCUGCCAGAUCUGAACAAUCUAAGGAAGGUGGAAAUUAAGGACUGCAAAUCAUUGGAAGAGGUAUUUGAAUUAGGUGACCUGCCUGGUGAAGGAAGCAGUGAGGAGAAGGAGAUGCCGCUGCUGUCAUCUUUAACAACGUUAGAGCUGCGCCGGUUACCUGAGCUGAAAUGCAUAUGGAAGGGGCCCACCAGACAUGUCAGCCUCCAAAAUCUUGCUCGUCUGGAUUUGUAUUCUCUCGACAAACUGACAUUUAUCUUCACACCGUCCCUCGCUCAAAGUCUGUCAAAGCUGGAAAGCCUUCGCAUAAGUGCAUGCGGUGAAUUGAAGCAUAUUAUCAGAGAAGAGGAUGGUGAAAGGGAAAUAAUUCCAGUGUCUCCUGGGCUGGAUGAUCAAGCUUCACCUAUCAACGUUGAGAAGGAGAUAGUGCUUCCUAAUCUAAAGGAGUUGUGGCUAGGACAAUUAUCAAGUAUUGUCUGUUUUAGUUUCGGAUGGUGUGAUUAUUUCGUAUUCCCUCGUUUGGAGAAGUUGAAGGUCCGUCAAUGUCCAAAGAUGACCACAAAAUUUGCUACUACACCAGAUGGUUCAAUGAGUGCUCAAUCAGACGUGGUAUCUGAAGUAGCUGAAUAUUCAAGCAAUUAUAGAAAGUGGACCAGAAAUAAUGGGUGGAAAGAAGAAGAAGAUGAUGAUGAUGAUGUUGGGUCAGAAGAGGAAGAGGAAGAGGAAUAUGGUGAUGAUGAUGAUUGCUAGUCUAAUAAUUCUUUCUCGCCCAAACCAGGCAAGGGUGGUUAGCUGUUACAUGAUUUCAAGGUUGGUGCUGCGAAUAUGUUCUAGAUUGGUGGGAAGUAAUUAAUUCCAACUGUUUCAUUGGCAAUGGGAUACAAAAUGGCUUCACAUUGUAACAGUCUUAUUUACCAUAGAAGAUUUCGACUUAUCUAUCUAUGUGUUUGCUGAAGAAGUUAGAAGUAAUGUAAUGUUGUGUGUUUAGUC